AUGGGGUGUCUACAACCUCCCUCCACUGUUAAUGAUGCCCAGGCUUCUAGUGCCAAACUUCUCCUCCGAGCACUGUUACACAGCAACAUACUAUUCAGGGAGUAUGCUCUUAUUUCCAUGUGGAGGGUGCCCGCAAUGCCAAUAGGUGCCCACACAUUGCUAAGUUUUCUUACUGAACCUUUGAAACAGCCAACUGAAACUCUUCUUUCUGCUGAGGAUCAUGGUGUUUCUGAGAACCUAAGAGAGUUCCAGAACAGGAGUGAGUACUACUCCUGUGAUGCAACUUAUCGCAAUUGGCUGAAAGUUGAGUUAGAAAAUGUGGAAGUUUCUCCCCUUGAAUUGUCAGUUGAGGAAAAAGCAAAGAGCGAUAGCAGCAGCUAAGGAAACACUAAAUUCAUUGUUUUCACUGCUCUUAAGUGAGUUGAUUUAACUAUAUGCUACGAACAUUGCACGUAGAGAUCUUUGGAUUAGCCACCAUGUUUAUUUGUGUAGUUUUUAUUACGGAUCAUUGACUUGGUUGCAUCAUUUUAUGUUCUUCCACUGGUAAGCUUUCAGGUUUGAAUUAAUUGAUAUAUUUUAUUUUCUAGGAAAAGAAAAUCCUUGGUUGGUUCCCACUGAAGAUCAUGUUUAUGAAUCAGUAGACCGUUUGUUCCUAGAAUUGCAUGCCACUGUAAUGCUCUGUUUGCCUUCUAGUGAAUGUAUGUGCCCAGAUGCCACCUUGUGUGCAACACUAAUGAGUGCCCUUUAUUCUUCAGUAAGCAAGGAAGUUGUCUUAAAUCGCCAGCUCAUGGUAUGUUGUUUCCUUUCAUCUCGUCAUAUGAUUCAAAGGGAUGGGAGCCAAAUGCAAUGGUAUAUUAGUUUUUUGGUAAUUUGAGGAUAGCUUUACACUUUUCAGCUUCAUUGUGCCUUACGAAUCUAUAUGCCAAAUUUGAUUGCAUUAUUUUAAGUGGGAUGGUCUGGUAAUGUGUUAAGGUGCACUAUUUUCGGAAGGUCACUACUACUUUAUCCAUAAUUAGGUCCAUCUAUUAUACAGACACUUGACAUGUGACAAAUAUACAACAUGAUUCAGAUUUGCCAACACAACGAUUUUCAAAAAAGCGAGACACGACAUGUCGAUGAAUGCGUGAAAAAGACAUUUUUAUAUAUUUUAUAUGCCAUAUAUAUUACAAUAUUCAUGAAUUUCAAAAAUACUAAAUUAAUAUUGAGUUUUUUUUUUCUUUUUUAUUGGAUAUGUUUUUAUUUAAUAAUAAACUAUUUUUUUUUUUGUUUGCAAUAUUUUUUUUCCACGUAUCAUCCUUUGAAAUGAUGGGUUUGAUGAUAUCCAAAUCUUAGUAGCAGAAAACUUCUACUUAAGUGAUGCUUCUUGUUGAGAAACGUGUUUCUAUGUGCCCAAGUAAGAAACUUGUAAGAAACUCCCUUCCGUCAAGGAAGAAACUCGCUUUCAACUGAGAUGGAAACGAAAAACAUACAAAUAUCAAAGAAACAAAA